CUUUCAGCCAUUAAGUUGAAUAGUUUGGUAUUUAUAAUGUUCAACAAGAAGUUGAAGUUUAGGAAGAGCAGAUUACAAAAGAAAGAGGAUAAUUUGAUCUUCGAUAAUGUAUCAUCUGAUGAUGAGUGGAUUGCUGAACCGAAUGCAGAUGAUGGAGAAAGUGUGGAUGCACGUGAUGAACUUGCAUUAGUUGUUGAUGAAAUGGACAACGAAUUCAGAGGGGUGGACCUUACAGUUGGAACUGAAGAAGAUAAUGAGGCCCGUGAAAAUGAAGGAGAUGACAAUGAGAAUGACAUUACUAAUUUGGAUACUCAUGAAGAGGACGAUAGGCUUAGUUUUGAAGAUUAAUAGUUCCAAUUUGUCAAUUUGCAAACUUAAACUCCUAAACUUUUAUUUUCUUGUCUUAGAAUUUUAAUGUUUUAUGUUCUUUUGAGUUUUGACUUUGGUAUUUCAGUUUUAUAUUAUUUGGACUUGAAUAUUUUGUAGUUAUGAUAUUUUUACUUGUGAUUUUGUUUAGAUAUGUUAUUGUUAUGAAUUAUCUAUACCUUCUAAUAUGUCAUAGGCUUGU